GAGAGUUGCUGGUGGGCGGGAGUGGCGUGGGCUCCCGGAAGGGACACUGGUGUUGGUGGCUGUGGGUGAAGCCCCCCACUUGCCAAAUGGGCGCAUGGCUUGCUUUUGUUAGAGCCUGCACGGACAGAGACCUGCACCAUAACAAGAAAAAGCUGCUUAGUUUGAUCGAUCCUUGGCUAUUUAAAAAACAAGAUAGAGGAAAUGGUCCAUAAUGAAAGCUGUUUAGGACAUUGGACAUGUGUGUGCUUUAGCUGAUCUUCAUCUCUUGCUUUUUUUCAGUACGGCGAGCUAUGCUUUUAGGAUUUGUCUUUAGCAAGAUACUGUGUUUUAGAAAUUGUGUCUAGAGAUGGCACCAGAUAAUAACUAGGGAUGUGUUGUGUGCAUGCAUUUUAAAUAGGGAACUUCAUAUUUUGCGUGUGUGAGAAGACCUCUGCUUGGGAGCAUUCACUUUGCAUCCUAAAAGGAUGUUCAGGUUCUAGUGCUUCACUGAAGAUGCUCCAAGCUGUCCAGUAUACACCUAAGCUAUUGCAUAUGUGUGUGCACCUCUACUUGUGCACCCUCUCUCGCCCACACACAACCUGGAUAUCUCUUGUGCCCACUUGCACACAUGCACAUGGGCACCAUGAUAAGUGCUCUCUCUUUCAGAUGCACAUAAUAGACUUUCUGGCAUGUUCCCUCUUCUAUCACAUACUUCUCUUUCUCUCAUCUAAAGAGUUUCUACAGUAUGCAAAAUUGGGUCUUGUUCAUGUCUUAGAUAGACACACACUUUGCUUUUAUAAAACAACCAACUAACCAAAACCCCAAAGAGAGCUCUGCUAGCUCAGGAGAAUAUAAAUGCUCGUACAGGUGCAUGCACCUUCUGGGUCACAGUUGGGUAAUACUUUCAUUACAAGCAGCCUGAAUUCCACAAAAAAGUGCACACUUAAAACAUGUGCCAAAUGUCUGGAUCUGUUUCUUCCCUAUUCUCUCCUUUUUGUACCAUGUAGUCAGGUGAAGAGUUCUCUAGAAAGAACUCUACAGCUUGCAGUUUUGAAUAAUCUUGCUUGGCCCUAAUAAAGGUAUUGCCCAAUUCUCUGACUCUGAAUUUGGUUUCUCUACAUGUGAAUGUCCGCACCCAUCCUCUCAUUUCAUACAGAAAACCUCAAUAUUUUUCCUGCUUCUCUCUCUUUCUCUCUGACACACUCACGACACACAGUAUUACUCACUGUCUCACUGCAUGUUGUUGGUUUCCGGAUGCUUCUCUUUCUUUCCCUCUGUUAGAAAAAACAAGGGCUAAAUGGAAACAUAAGAUUGUGACUUUGGAUACAGAUAUCCAAGUACAAAAUGCACACACCUCUUUUUAACAGAAAAGGCCUCUGUCAGCAACAUUUUGCAUAUGUUUUAGAAAAAACAAACACAAACACCCUAGGAUUUGAGGAUUGGUUUGUGCUCUGGGGUAGUUUUUAGGCAUGUGUGUGGGCUUUGACAUGAACAGGUGCUCACUUCAUACUUGACGAGUUGCGAGUUGCAUAUAUUUGUACUUGGCUAUGUGUGUCAAAGGACAAAACUAAAACUGAGAAUGGGUGCUUGGGAAAUUAGUGGGGGUUCUGUGAUCUCAUGUAGGUCUUCUGUGUCUUGUAUCUCUGCAUAUGCAUAUGCUGCAAAGGGAUGGCCUGCAUCUGUUGGUAGAAUGGAUGGCAAAAUGGGUUGUACCUGUUCUAACAACAGGUGGGAACAUCGUGUGUUAUUGUUCCCCCAAGUUAAACAAAAGAAUUAAAACCUGCCUGCGCAUGCAAAACUGGUAGAGCAGGGCACCUUUCUGUCUGAUAGGUUAAUGUUCUGUGUGAAGGCAUUACCAUUUCUGAAUGUCCUUCUGCAAGCCAUCUCCAAAUGAAGGCCCUUCUAGCACCCAAGCCUAGGGCAUGCCUGGACCAGGUCUCAUUAAUUUCUGGCUGAGGAAUCUUAUUUGCAUUCUGUUGAACUGUAAAUUGAACACUCUGUCGCCAUGCCUCUCCGUUUCAAAGCAUUUGUAAAGCACUCACUGCUUCGGCUUCCUCCUCUUUUCUAGAAACUGUUUGUGGUCCCUAAGUCCUUUGCAGGCUCAGAAAUGUUCUGAAGCCAGCAGCUAUCUCUUAUUACUUGCACUGUUUGUUCUAAAUAAAUCUCAUGUUGGAUGUGCAUUUAUCCCGCUGUGUGGUUUGAACGAAAAGAGGUGUUUACUGUGUUGUCCUGUCAGUCCUGGGAACAAACAGGUUAGGGCAUUCAGUGGAGCGGCAUGGCAACACGCCAAGGCGCAUUUUACUGGGUGUUACAUGCCUUUUCAUUGAGGAAAUGCAUAUUUAAUGUGGCUGAUUGAUCAACUGUUUUUGGUGCCAUAAAGAGGGGUAGUUGCUGAGCUGACUUCAUAGCAAGCGGCUCUCUUCCAUUUCAGUGAGCUAUUGCAAACACAUAAUCCUGUGUGGUCUAUUACAUGUAACUAAAUUAGGAUGUGAGAGUCAAAUGUGUUUACCUUACCCCGUCUACCAGUUUGCUAUUACUCUAAUAAUAAAAUACAACUGUUGUUUGCGAUUUUUAAAAAUGGAGCUGUAGCGGUUUUGUGCUUAUCCUAGUCUUCAGUGUUCUUAAUUCUUGUGAAUUCUUAAUUCACCAGUGUUCAUCCAGUGAAGACAAAGAAACAUUCUUGUGUGCAUGCCCAGCCACUGAAGAUGUCCUUAAGUCCAUACUUGAGAAGCUUUGAAUAAAAUACUGCAAUUUCAUUCACCACUUCAGCUCUUUGGCACAGCCAGAAUUUCUCCUCGGGGCAACUUUCGCUCAUAGACCCAACCAUCUGGACUUGCCAGCCUUGGAUGGCACCAUGCAGCUCCUUCAAAGAUUGCCGCACUUGCAGGUGGAAAAUCCCCAUCACUGACGGAUGCAAAGAAGUGUGUCUUGUAUCUCAAUGAGGUGCACAAAGUGGGUGUGUGUUCCAUUUGCCUCAAGUUCACCAGGUUUCCGGUUACUGUUCAAAAUGCCAACUAUUGUCACCUUCAUCCUUCUGCUUUUAAGCAUUGCAAUUAUUAUAACUAUUACUCUUGUCCAGGUGAAUCAGAAAGAGGUCCUUUCUCCAGGUCUGAAGUAUGGAAUAGUGCUUGAUGCUGGAUCAUCUCGAACAACAGCCUAUGUCUAUGAAUGGCCGGCGGAAAAAGAAAACAAUACAGGAGUAGUAAGUCAGACCUUCAAGUGCAAUGUGAAAGGGCCUGGGAUAUCCAGCUAUGGAAAUAACCCUCGGGAAAUUGCUGAGCCCAUCAAUGAUUGUAUGAACAAAGUCAAGGAAAAGAUUCCUUCUCACUUACAUAGCAGCACACCUGUCUACCUGGGAGCCACAGCUGGCAUGAGACUUCUCAGGUCGCAAAAUGAAUCAGCAGCCAGUGAAGUCCUUGAGAGCAUUCAAAACUACUUCACAUCGCAGCCCUUUGACUUUAGGGGUGCUAAAAUCAUAACUGGGCAAGCGGAAGGGGUGUAUGGAUGGAUUACAGCCAACUAUUUAAAGGGAAAUUUCUUGGAGAAAAACAUUUGGAGUGCCUGGGUCCAUCCUCACGGAGCAGAGACGACAGGGGCACUUGACUUAGGAGGGGCCUCCACCCAAAUAUCCUUCAUUCCAGAGGAAAGUACUGAAGCGUCGGACAGCAUGCUGCAAGUGCAGCUGUACGGUUAUCCCUACAAAGUGUACACACACAGCUUCCAGUGUUACGGGAGAGAUGAAGCGGAGAAAACGCUGCUAGCAUCAAUACUGCGGAAUUCAGGUAAUAAAUCCAGGAUUGAAAAUCCAUGCUAUCCUCAGAAUUAUGAAACAGCUUUAACAAUGAAGCAUUUAUAUGGAAGCCUCUGCACAGAGAAAUUAAUUACAGAGAAUUACAAUGCAAGCCAGCUUGUAACUGUCGUCGGAACUGGGGAUCCAACUCUCUGUAGGGAGGCCGUGUCUGUAUUAUUUAAUUUCACAUCUUGCAGAGACAAGAAAGACUGUUCAUUUAACGGAAUCCAUCAGCCAAAAAUAAAAGGAAAUUUUGUGGCAUUUUCUGGAUUUUACUACACAGUCAAUGCUUUGAAUUUAACUGGACAAUUUUCACUGGCUGAUUUUAAUUCAAGCAUGUGGAGUUUCUGCUCGCAGAAUUGGAACCAGCUUCCAUAUAUGCUACCGAAAUUUGAUGAAACAUAUGCGAGAUCUUACUGCUUUUCAGCAAACUACAUCUAUUACCUUCUGAUACAUGGAUAUAAGUUCAAUGCAGAGAAUUGGCCUCAGAUACAUUUUCAGAAGGAAGUUGGAAACAGCAGCAUAGCCUGGUCCUUGGGCUACAUGCUCAAUCUCACCAACAUGAUCCCAGCAGAAAGUGACAGGAUCUGGUUCCCUAUGAAUCCCUCCUUGUUUGCUGGACUGCUUUUCUUCUUCACAGCAGUGGUGUUACUCUGUCUCAUUUUCCUUGUCUACUCAUGUGUUGUGUCACGCAUGCAAAAGAACGCUUGCCAUGUUGAACAUGUAUUUGCUGCGGAAUAAAACAAGCUCAUGAUGGA